AUGACGUCCACCUGCACCAACAGCACGCGCGAGAGUAACAGCAGCCACACGUGCAUGCCCCUCUCCAAAAUGCCCAUCAGCCUGGCUCACGGCAUCAUCCGCUCAACUGUGCUGGUUAUCUUCCUCGCCGCCUCUUUCAUCGGCAACAUAGUGCUGGCGCUAGUGUUGCAGCGCAAGCCGCAGCUGCUGCAGGUGACCAACCGUUUUAUCUUUAACCUCCUGGUCACCGACCUGCUGCAGAUUUCGCUCGUGGCCCCCUGGGUGGUGGCCACCUCUGUGCCUCUCUUCUGGCCCCUCAACAGCCACUUCUGCACGGCCCUGGUCAGCCUCACCCACCUGUUUGCCUUCGCCAGCGUCAACACCAUUGUCGUGGUGUCAGUUGAUCGCUACUUGUCCAUCAUCCACCCUCUCUCCUACCCGUCCAAGAUGACCCAGCGCCGUGGUUACAUGCUCCUCUAUGGCACCUGGAUUGUGGCCAUCCUGCAGAGCACUCCUCCACUCUACGGCUGGGGCCAGGCUGCCUUUGAUGAGCGCAAUGCCCUCUGCUCCAUGAUCUGGGGGGCCAGCCCUAGCUACACUAUUCUCAGCGUGGUGUCCUUCAUCGUCAUUCCACUGAUUGUCAUGAUUGCCUGCUACACGGUGGUGUUCGGUGCAGCCCGGAGGCAGCAUGCUCUGCUGUACAAUGUCAAGAGACACAGCUUGGAAGUGCGAGUCAAGGACUGUGUGGAGAAUGAGGAUGAAGAGGGAGCAGAGAAGGAGGAGGAGUUCCAGGAUGAGAGUGAGUUUUGCGGCCAGCAUGAAGGUGAGGUCAAGGCCAAGGAGGGCAGAAUGGAAGCCAAGGACGGCAGCCCGAAGGCCAAGGAAGGAAGCACGGGGACCAGUGAGGGUAGUGUAGACGCCAGGGGCAGCGAGGAGGUCAGAGAGAGCAGCACGGUGGCCAGCGACGGCAGCAUGGAGGGUAAGGAAGGCAGCACCAAAGUUGAGGAGAACAGCAUGAAGGCAGACAAGGGUCGCACAGAGGUCAACCAGUGCAGCAUUGACUUGGGUGAGGAUGACAUGGAGUUUGGUGAAGACGACAUGGAGUUUGGUGAAGACGACAUCAAUUUCAGUGAGGAUGACGUCGAGGCAGUGAACAUCCCGGACAGCCUCCCACCCAGUCGUCGUAACAGCAACAGCAACCCUCCUCUGCCCAGGUGCUACCAGUGCAAAGCUGCUAAAGUGAUCUUCAUCAUCAUUUUCUCCUAUGUGCUAUCCCUGGGGCCCUACUGCUUUUUAGCAGUCCUGGCCGUGUGGGUGGAUGUCGAAACCCAGGUACCCCAGUGGGUGAUCACCAUAAUCAUCUGGCUUUUCUUCCUGCAGUGCUGCAUCCACCCCUAUGUCUACGGCUACAUGCACAAGACCAUUAAGAAGGAAAUCCAGGAUAUGCUGAAGAAGUUCUUCUGCAAGAAAAAGCCCCCGAAAGAAGAUAGCCACCCAGACCUGCCCGGAACCGAAGCCGGCACAGAGGGUGGGACUGAAGGCAAGAUUGUCCCUUCCUACGAUUCUGCUACCUUUCCUUGA